AUUGCAAUAGCAUACUGUAUCCACCAGACUAUUAUCAUGUUCAAGGCCCGCAAACGCAACGUGAAACAAAAGGGUGCCCUGCGGCGCAAGAAGGAUGAGGAAGAAGAAGAAGAAAAGUCGACCCAAAAGGCUCAGCAGGAAGAAGAUGAAACAGCGGCCACGAUUGCUCGUGUCAAGAAGAAGCGCAAGCUGUUGACCGAACUGCAGUACAAAAAAGGAACCGAUGCGGCAUCGCUGUUAAAGGGACGAGACGAUUCUGCCCUGGACUCUGCUGCUGGAGUGGAUGGCACUUCUACUACAGUUGAUCAGCCAGAUGGAUCGCAAGAAGGUGUCAUGGAACAAAAACACAAACAAGCGUUGGAACAGUACGUAGAAUCCAAAUUGGUGGGAAUGGUCGGGGGAGACAACAAUAAUAAUAAGCCAACAUCCAUAACAAACAACAAUCAGGAUGACUCUACAACCAGCAAUCCAAACAAUAACAACAAACUGACCAAGGAAGAACUCUAUCGACAAAUUGCUCAAACGUCCGAAAAUAUGGUGGGACGGUCCAGUUCCACGAAUCAAGGCGACUCGAAAAAAGAUGGAGAUGUCGGAACGGGUGGCGCCAUGUUGGUGGCGGGAACCGGAUUGGCAGAAGUCAUUUUGCCAGUCGAUGAACGCAUCAAGGCAGUCCAUGCCACACAAGAAGCAGCGGCUGUGGGACCACGCAAACACGCCCAUCACAACAAUAAUAAUAAAAGCUAUGGAAAUAUGCCCAAAUCACAGGUACCGGUUCUUCCCGCCGGAGCCGCACGAUUUCAAGUAUCGGCAGCCGAUCGACAUCGACAUUUUCCAAGCAACCAACGAAAUAAUAAUACUGCAUCCGUUCCAACAACAGCAACAACCGAAUCAGUGCCAGAAGGAGACGACGAUCCGGGGCGAGUGGGAUUCGAUGCCGCUCGUGGAAAGGCUGUGGCGAGUCAAACUCAAAAUAAUAACAAUCACAACAAUGGGCAACAUAAUGGCAGAAACAACAAUAACAACAACAAUCACAAGAAUCGAUCUAGCGAUGAUAAAGUCUAUGGAAAUUUCCUAAAACACCAUCGCGAAAAUCAAUGGCGGGGAAGAUGA